AUGGAUAUGGGAUCCAGCUCAACUUCAAUAUCGACGAGUCCAUCGAUGACCACGUUAUCCACUGCUGUCUCAUCAGCAGCAGCAAGCAUGACGAGCAUGGGUGACAACUCUUGCAAGAUCUCCAUGUUGUGGAAUUGGGAUACUGUUGGAGCUUGCUUCAUCUCCGAGACAUGGCAUGUCACGACCAGCGGCGGGUUUGCUGGAUCGUGCAUCGGCGUCAUUUGCCUUGUCAUUAGUCUAGAAUUCCUUCGCAGGAGCCAGCGAGAGUAUGAGGCUUCUAUCCGUCGACAGAGCCAGAAGACCGCUAGGGACCUGAUGAACCGGGGUAAUGGAAGCCAAUCUGCCUCAGAGAGCACCGAGGGAAUGAAUAGCAAGGCCAACGCGACACCUGUGACAAGUCGUUUGGUUCGACCGGCAGCCGUGGUCGGUCAAUCUGGAGCGGCAGGCAAGGCCAGCUUGUUGCAACGCCAGCUGAUUCGAGCUCUUCUUCAUACGGUGCAGUUCGGUGUCGCCUAUUUCAUCAUGCUGCUGGCCAUGUACUACAAUGGGUACAUCAUCAUUUGCAUCUUGAUUGGCGCGUUUAUUGGCUCCUUCACCUUCACUUGGGACCAACUCCUGAACAACACUGAGCGAAAGGAGGAAGCCGCAGACAUUACCGGAUGCUGCGGUUGA